UUCAUUGUAGAACCUCCAUAAAGUAUAUAAUCUAAAGUUUAAUUCAAGAUUCCUAACCUCUCACUAGCCUGUUGACAAUAUCAUGCGAACAGUGAUAAUUUAUAAAUCAAGAUUGUUUUAUUAGGAGCUCUUCUGUUUUAGAAGAUCUCGAGAGAUGGCAAGCGAAGAAAUAUAUAAUCGAGAGGCUAAUAAGAAAUUGCAGCCCAUAUUUAAAAAUCGUUCGUUUCAACAAAAAUUUCGACAGACUAGCACCACUGGGAAGAAACGCACUUGGAGAUCAUUGAAACAAGUCUUGGCUCAAGAACGUUCGUUACCAUGGCCAAUGACAAUAAAACAUUACAGUUCCAUUAACGCACCGCCGAGCUUCAAACCUGCAAAAAAAUACUCUGACAUUUCUGGAUUACCGGCACGAUACACGGAUCCACAAACUAAAUUGUAUUAUGCCACCGCUGAAGAAUUUGCAACGGUUCGCAGUUUACCGAUGGAUAUAACAGCCGGAUAUUUGGCUUUACGCGGAGCGUCUAGUAUCGUUGGUUAAAUAAUCUGAUACUCGACAUAGCCUAGCAGUUGUGACUACAUCUUGACCUAUAUAUCGUCUGGCAAUGCAAUUCAAUCACCCAGUGAUCGUUACAAGAGUUUACAAUUUAUAUUUUAAAUAUAUAAACAUCUAUACAUUUCA